AUGCCGAUCAUGCCGACAACAGAGGCUGUCACCCUUCUGAGCGGGAAGAUGAUGCCGCAACUUGGAUUCGGCGUUUAUCUCUCUCCUCCCGAAGUAUGCACACGAUCGUGUUUGAAGGCUCUUGAUAUCGGCUAUCGCCAUAUUGACACUGCCCAAUAUUAUGGAAACGAGAGAGAGGUUGGGCGUGCGGUGCAGCAGUCCGGCAUUCCUCGCUCAAUGCUGUUUCUGACCACCAAGAUUCUCACAGCCGGUCCCUCCUUUGACGAGAGCUACCGUAAAUGUGUGGAGAGCAUUUCGAAUCUUGACCCGAAUGAAGGAUACGUGGAUCUGUUUCUGAUACACAGUCCAAACUGCGGGGAGUCCCAAAGACAAACUCUGUGGCAGGUCCUCGAGAGACUUCAUACGGAAGGCAAGGCAAAGAGUAUAGGUGUCAGCAAUUUUGGCAUCCAGCACAUCGAGGGUCUUAAAAAGACCGCGAAGAUUUGGCCGCCGCAAGUCAAUCAAAUCGAGCUACAUCCUUGGCUUCAGCAAAAAGAAAUUGUGUCCUAUUGCAACGACCAUGGUAUCACUGUUCAAGCAUAUUGCCCCUUGGCAAGAGGCCAGAGAUUUGAUGAUGUCACCUUGCAACGUGUCGCCGAGAAGCACGAUGUUGCACCAGGUCAGAUUUUAAUCAAAUACAGCUUGCAGAAAGGCUGGGUACCUCUUCCCAAAAGCGACAAUCCAGCCAGGAUUGAGGCAAACUUCACUGUCCAGUUCACACUCGAUAAUGAUGAUAUGGUUGGACUGGAUGGCCUUGAUCAAGGUCGAGCGGGUGCUCUUGUUCAGGCCGUUGAUAACUGA